GCCGAAAUUCCAUGACCCGGAAGUACAUUUUUUGUGUUGCUGACGAGACGCUGGUGGAGAUGCGGAAGUAGACGGUUGUAACAAUUAGCCACCUUGCUAGCUAAUUAUUUACUUAACUGAAGAUUUACUUGAUAAAGACAACGAUAAAUUGCUCCCGAAUUGAAUGAUAUACCCUUUGAUACGUAUUUGUUGGUGAAACCUACAUAUUUCGUCGCUCAACUAGGUGGGAAUUUGAAAACAAUCGAACGUGUGUAGGAGGAAGGUCCUGAUGGCAGACCACACGGAUGUCAGCCUGCCCCCUGAGGACCGUGUCCGUGCCCUGACCAAGAAGGGCAGCUCUGUGGACGUGAACGAGGACGUUCCUCCCCGGAGGUACUUCAGGUCAGGCGUGGAGAUGAUCCGUAUGGCCAACACCUACACCGAGGAGGGCAACGCCGAGCACGCCUUCGUACUCUACAACAAGUACAUCACGCUCUUCAUUGAGAAGCUUCCUAAACAUAGAGAUUACAAAACAGCCAACAUUCCAGAGAAGAAGGACACCUUGAAGAGACUGAAGGAGGUGGCCUUCCCUCAAGCAGAGGUGCUGAAGAAGGCUCUUCUCAAGUUAUAUGAGCAGGAGCAUGCACAGUAUCUCAUCAAGAAGCGAGAGGAGGCAACCCUGGCGCAGCAGCAGUGGAAGCAGCAGGCUGAAGCAGAGCGGGAGCGUGUGGUGGAACUGCAGCGGCGCCAACGGGAACAACAGCAGGUCAGCGUGUUCGAGGAGAUGAUCAGACGGCAGGAGCUGGAGAAGGAGAGGCAGCGUAUCCUUCAGGAGUUUCAUGCUCCUGGGACCCCUCCCCCCGAUGCACCCCUCCUCCCAGGGAUCCAGGGCCCCCCCCUGGCCGUGUCCCCAACCCCCCCUCAGAGCCCGGGGGACAGCGCCAGCCGGGUCAGACCGCCUGGCGGCAGCACCGGGCCCACGGCGCUCCCCACCUUCGACCGGACGCUCAAACCUAUGAGCACACUAUGGAUGCUGGUGGAUGGGAUCCGGCAGCUGGCAGUGCCCAGAGCUUGCAGCAGCUUCCUCAGGCUAGCUGAUUCCAACACCAGCCGAGCUGUGGAGACCUGUGGCAUCCUCUGUGGUAAACUGCUGAGGAAUGCGUUCACAGUGACCCAUGUGAUCGUGCCGAAGCAGAACGGAGGGCCAGACUACUGCGACACGGAGAACGAAGAGGAGCUGUUCCUGAUCCAGGACCAGUAUGACCUCAUCACCCUGGGCUGGAUACAUACCCACCCCACCCAGACAGCCUUCCUGUCCAGUGUCGAUCUCCACACACACUGUUCCUACCAGCUCAUGAUGCCGGAAGCUAUCGCUAUCGUCUGUUCACCCAGGUUCAACGA